CGCGCCGUGUUGUUGUUUUUUAAGGACCAACAUGGCUACCGCGAGUGGUGCAGGAGAAGACCUCAGGAAAGAGCUGUCGUGCUCCAUCUGUUUGGAUUUCUUCAAAGAACCCGUCAUAUUAAAAUGCGGACACAAUUACUGCCGCUGUUGCAUCCUCACGCACUGGGAGGAGACGGGCGACGUCUACAGUGGUUACCAGUGUCCCCAGUGUCGAGCGGUGUUCAACAAGAAGACCUUCACCAAGAACUACCUGGUCCAGAACCUGGUGGCCAAGGUGGAGGACUUUGAGUCGCUGAGCUCCUGUCCCCCACCCUGCAAACCGAUCAAAGUGGACGGCAAGUGUGAGCAACACGGAGAGGAGCUGAAGCUCUACUGCGAGACGGACCACAUGCCCAUUUGUGUAGUCUGCAGGGAGUCUAGAGCACACAGACACCAUGAGGUCGUCCCAGUGCAUGAAGUGGUCCACGACAUGAAGAUGGAGCUACAGCUGAGGCUGCUGGAACUGAACUGGCAGAAGUCGCGGUGUACCAGCGUCCGAUUGGAUGACGAACGCACCAAGAACGAGUUAAAGCUGAGGAAGCAGCGUCUGAAGGAGAGGAUCGAGGCGGACGUCGGCGCGCUGGUGCAGUUCCUGCUGGACGAGCGCGACGCGCUGCUGGACGGCCUGGACGCCGAGGAGGUGGCCACCAACGCCGUCCUCGACGACAACCUCAAGACGGUCAAGGCCGAGGCGGCCGUCGUGGACGCCACCAUCGCUGACGUCAACGACCACAUCGCCGGGAAGACCAGCUUCGAGAGUCUUGCUCAGUCCUACAAUGAAGCCGUCCAAUGCAAGGACUUCCCCCCCCUGGAGGCGGUGAACUGUCCCUCGGACUGGACAGACUUCUCGGGGCCCUUCCAGCUCAUCGUGUGGAAGAAGAUGAUGCACGUGUUGCACACGAUGCCCCAGAACCUGACCCUGGACCCGGACACGGCCCACCCCAACCUGCUGAUCACGGACUUCGACACCAAGGUGGAGGAGGGCCGGGCCUGCGGCCACGAGCCCGACCUGCCGGCGCGCUUCACGCGCUUCUUCAGCGUGCUCGCCACAGCCAGCUACGCCGGCGGCCAGCACUACUGGGAGGUGGACGUCAAGGACAAGGGCGUGUGGUACCUGGGCGUCACCACCGAGUCCAGCAACCGCAAGGGCUUCGUCAGCCUCACCCCGUCGGCGGGCUACUGGAGCCUGUGCCUCCAGGACCGGCUCUACGCCAACGGCGAGAACGGCCGCAUCCCCGUGGCGGACUACUGGAACUCGCCGCGCGUGGGCGUCUACCUGGACUACGACAACGGGCGCCUGUGCUUCUACGACGCCGUCACCAUGAAGAAGCUGUACAUGUUCAGCACGCGCUUCGAGGAGCCCGUCUGCCCCUUCUUCAGCCCCGGGAAGAACGACCCGGGGAGCCGACUGCAGAUCUGCCACUAUUACUGA